AUGGCUGGAAUGGUCGUUUGGGGUUGUUUAAAUUUUCCUGCAAUGCUGUGUUUAAUCCAACAAACGCACACAUACUGUUCUGUUAUGGUUGUUUCAUGGGUAUGUUGCAGGCGUAAUGGGUUCUUCAAAAUGUGUGCAGGUAUGGAAGGGGGAAUUUUGCUGGUGUGUUCGUAUGGUUUAGUUAAUGUUCUUAUUCGGUUGCAUCACGAUUCGUCGUAUGUGAAGAUUGUUGAUGAAAUUUGUGGGAAGUUCGAUGGGUUGGUACCAGGUGCCGUGUGUUUGUUUUUUGAUUUUCCAGGAUAUAAGAAGUUUAAGGUGGAUAGCGACGACGACAUUCAAAACAUGUUGUGCCUUGCUAAGUCGUUCGGGAUAAAUCACAUUGAGGUCGUCAUUCAGGAAAGUAGUGUUGGUGUGGGGGGUAAUCGUGUCGUGUUGGAUUUCGCGGACGAUGGGGGAAUAUCACGGCAUGUUAGCGGGAAUGGGUUCGUGAAUGAGCAGAUGGAUUUGUUACCAACGUACUGUCCGAACAAAUCGAAGACGUUUUUGUCGGCGCAAUGGGCGCAUGGUAUUACCCAUGUGGGACAAUGUUUUGAUGGUGGAGCAGCUGAAUUUCGCGAAGUUCUGUGUAAGUAUGCUGUUGAACGUGGAUUUCAAUUUAAGUACGUUAAAAAUGACUCCGUGCGAAUUACGGUAGUGUGUAAGUUUGCGGCUUCAACAGAUUGUCCGUGGUCAGUUCAUGCGAGGAUGUUACCGUCAAGUGGGGUGUUAUGUGUUAAGAGGUUUGAUAGUGUGCAUACUUGUGGGGCUGCUGUACGUACUUCUAGGAACCCUCGUACGGGGUCUGAUUUGGUGUCUACAGUUGUUGCAGAUCGACUGCGUGAUAAGCCAUUGACGCGCCCCACUGAUGUCGUGUUUGAUUUGAAGAACGAUUAUGGUUUGGAUAUUAGCUACCGGGUGGCAUGGUUGGGUGUUGAGAAAGCUAGGGGCGAGGUGUACGGGGAUCACGCUACGUCCUUUGAUCAGCUGAGGUGGUAUAGCAAUUCUGUUAUGCAAAAAAACCCAAAUAGUUACAUUAAUCUUGAGUUUGACCAAAAAACCGGGAGCUUCGUUAGGUAUUUCAUAUCAUUUCGCGCUUGUAUAGAUGGGUUCAAACACUGCCGGCCUAUGCUUUUUUUGGAUGGAACGUUUUUGAAAGGUAGAUUUAAAGGGAAUUUGCUCGCAGCUACUGCUAAAGACGCCAAUCAAGGAUUGUUUCCGGUAGCCUUUGCUAUUGUUGAUUCCGAGAAUUCAGCUAAUUGGGAAUGGUUCCUUCAUAAUUUGAAAGAAGUUGUUGGGGGUGGGCGAACAUUAACUUUCAUAUCUGACCGCCACGUCGGAUUAUUACACUCUAUGCCCAUUAUUUUCCCUUCAGCCCAUCAUGCAUAUUGUUUGUUGCAUCUCCAAAUGAACUUGCGGGAUCGAAUGAAAUAUGUUAAUGCAUCGCACAAAAUUGGGUUGAUGCGAAAGUUACGGGAAUGUGCAUAUGCGCCCACUGUUGCUUGUUUCAAUGAGAAAUUGGAGGUAUUGAAGAAGGCCAACCCAGCUGUGAUUGAAGAUUUUAUGAAAAUCUUUCAACAAUUGGGUUGGUGA